GAGCAAGUUCCAGAGUCAAAUCUGCUCUAAGCCCUGGGUUGACCAGAGAGGAGUAGGCCGGCAGACGGGUCUGAUCCCUCUUGGGUCCUCCAGCCAUGAGGCUCCUCUGGGGGCUGAUCUGGGUGACCAGCUUCUUCGCCUUAUCCCUGCAGAAGCCCAGGUUGCUCCUGUUUUCGCCUUCUGUGGUUCACUUGGGGGUCCCCCUCUCAGUGAGGGUGCAGCUUGAGAAUGUUCCCCAGGGACAAGUAGUGACCGGAUCAGUGUUCCUGAGAAACCCAUCCAACUUGAAUGCCGCCUGCUCCCCAAAGGUGGACUUUUCCCUCAGCUCAGAAAAAGACAACGUACACCUUAGCCUCCAGAUCUCCCCGAGAGAUGCAGAGAUCUGUGGCCUCUACCGCCUCCUCCGUGGCCCCGAGGUCCAGCUGGUGGCCCAGUCACCAUGGCUGAAGAACUCUCUGUCUAGAAAGACAGACAUUCAGGGCAUCAACCUGCUCUUCUCCUCUCGCCGGGGACACCUUUUUCUGCAGACCGACCAGCCCGUUUAUAAUCCUGGCCAGCGGGUUCGAUACCGGAUCUUUGCUCUGGAUCAAAAGAUGCGUCCAUCCUCUGACACCCUUACGGUCACAGUGGAGAACUCUCAUGGCCUCCGUGUGAGGAAGAGGGAAGUGUACACUUCCUCCAUCUUCCAGGAUGACUUUGUGAUUCCCGAUAUCUCAGAGCCAGGGACAUGGAGGAUCUCAGCCCGGUUCUCAGAUGGCCGAGACUCUAACAGCAGUACCCAGUUUGAGGUGAAGAAAUAUGUCCUUCCCAACUUCGAGGUGAAGAUUGUUCCUGGAAAGGCCUACAUCCUGACAGCGCCUGGCUUUCUCGAUGAGAUCCAAUUAGACAUCCAGGCCAGGUACAUCUACGGGAAGCCAGUGCAGGGAGUGGCGUAUGUGCGCUUCGGGCUCCUGGGUGAGGAUGGUGAUAAGACUUUCCUUCGGGGGCUGGAGAAUCAGACUAAGCUGGUAGAUGGCCAGUGCCAUAUUUCCCUCUCAAAGGCUGAGUUUCAGGGUUCCCUGGAGAAGCUUCAUGUUAACAUUGCCGACCUCCCUGGGCUGCGCCUCUAUGUUGCCGCUGCCAUCAUUGAGUCUCCAGGGGGAGAGAUGGAGGAAGCAGAGCUCACAUCUUGGCGUUUUGUGUCAUCUCCCUUCACCUUGGAUCUUAGCAACACCAAGCGACACCUUGUGCCUGGGGCCCCCUUUCUGCUGCAGGCCCUGGUCCGAGACAUAUCUGGCUUCCCAGCCUCUGGCAUCCCUGUCAAAGUUUCGGCCACUCUGUCUCCCGGAUCUGCUUCUAAAAUCCAGGACCUUGAACAAAACACAGAUGAGCGUGGCCAAGUCAUUGUUCCCAUCGUUACGUCAAAGUCCAUCUCAGAAUUGCAGCUCUUGGUGUCUGCAGGCUCCCCUUAUCCAGCUGUAGGCAGGCUCACCGUGAGAGCCCCACUCUCAGGAGGCUCCAGGUUUCUGUCCAUUGAGCGGCUGGAUCCUCGACCCCCUCGCAUUGGGGACACUCUCAUCCUGAACCUGCGAGCUCUGGGCGUCAGUGAGGACAGCUUCUCUCAUUACUACUACAUGAUCCUGUCCCGGGGCCAGAUUGUGUCUAUGAUUCGAGAAGCCAGGACGGACCUGACCUCAAUCUCCGUGUUUGUGGACCAUAAAUUGGUACCCUCCUUCUACUUUGUGGCCUUCUACUAUCAUGGGGACGUCGCAGUGGCCAACUCCCUGCGCGUGGACGUCCAGGCAGGGGACUGCGAGGGCAAGCUGGAGCUGAAUGUGGACAGCAUCAAGGAGUAUCGUCCUGCAGAGUUUGUAAAGCUCCGCCUGCAAACAGACUCUCCAGCCCUGGUGGCACUGGGGGCCGUGGAUACGGCUCUGUAUGCUGUGGGCGGGAGUUCCCACAAACCCCUCAACAUGGCCAAGGUCUUGGAAGUUAUGAACAGCUAUGACCUUGGCUGCGGUCCUGGAGGUGGGGACAAUGCCCUUCAGGUGUUUGAGACAGCUGGUCUGGCCUUUUCUGAUGGAGAACAGUUGACCUCCUCCAGAAAGAGUCUGAGUUGUCCCAAGAAGAAAACCCGGAAUAAGAGAAACGUGAACUUCCAAAAGGCCAUUCACGAGAAGUUGGGCCAGUAUGCUUCCCCAGAAGCCCGGCGCUGCUGCCAGGAUGGGCUGACGAGGCUGCCCAUGAUACGCUCCUGCGAGCAACGGGUGGCUCGGGUGCGGCCGGCGGCCUGCCAGGCGCCCUUCCUGUCCUGCUGCCAGUUUGCUGAGAACCUGCGCAAGAAGUCCCGCUCCAGGGGCCAGGUGGGCCUUGCCCGAGCUCUGGAGGUCCUGCAAGAGGAAGACCUGAUCGAUGAGGAUGACAUUCCUGUGCGCAGCUUCUUCCCGGAGAACUGGCUCUGGAGAGUGGAAAAAGUGGACCGCUUCCUCCAAUUGUCCCAUAUGCUCCCUGACUCUCUCACCACAUGGGAGAUCCACGCUGUGAGCUUGUCUGGAAAGACAGGCCUGUGUGUGGCCACGCCGGCCCGGAUCAGAGUGUUCCAGGAAUUCCACCUGCACCUCCGCUUGCCUGUCUCUGUCCGCCGCUUUGAGCAGCUGGAGCUGCGGCCUGUCCUCUACAACUACCUGAAUAAAAAUCUGACUGUGAGCGUCCACGUGUCCCCAGUGGAGGGGCUGUGCCUGGCUGGAGGUGGCGGGCUGGCCCAGAGUGUCCUGGUGCCUGCAGGCUCUGCCCGGCCUGUUGGCUUCUCUGUGGUGCCCACGGCGGCGGCGGCUGUGUCCCUGAAGGUGGUGGCUCAAGGGUCCUCAGACUUCCCUGCAGGGGACGCAGUGUCUAAGGUUCUACAAAUUCAGAGAGAAGGGUCCAUCCAUACGGAGGAGAUUGUCUAUGAGCUCAAUCCCCUGGACCACCGAGCCCGGACCUUGGAGAUUCCCGGCAACUCUGACCCCAAUGUCAUCCCAGAUGGAGAUUUCAGCAGCUUUGUCAGGGUUACAGCCUCAGAGCCACUGGACACUUUGGGCUCUAAGGGGGUCUUGUCACCAGGAGGCCUGGCCUCCCUCCUGAGGCUUCCCCAGGGCUGCGGGGAGCAAACCAUGCUCCUACUGGCUCCAACACUGGCUGCUUCCCGCUACCUGGACAAGACAGAGCAGUGGAGCACACUGCCCCCUGAGACAAAGGACCAUGCUGUGGAUCUGAUCCAGAAAGGCUACAUGCGGAUCCAGCAGUUUCGGAAAACCAGUGGUUCCUAUGGGGCUUGGUUGCAUCGGGACAGCAGCACCUGGCUCACGGCGUUUGUGCUGAAGGUACUGAGUCUGGCACAGGAGCAGGUGGGCGGCUCACCUGAGAAGCUGCAGGAGACGGCCAAGUGGCUGCUGUCCCAGCAGCAGGCGGACGGGUCAUUCCAGGACCUCUGCCCGGUUUUACACAGGGACAUGCAGGGGGGCCUGGUGGGAGAUGAUGAGACUGUGGCGCUCACAGCCUUUGUGGUCAUCGCCCUUCAGCAUGGGCUGGCUGUCUUCCAGGAUGACAUUGCAGAGCAGUUGAAGCAGAAAGUGGAAACCUCCAUCAUCAGAGCGAACUCCUUCUUGGGGGAGAAAGCAAGUGCUGGGACCCUGGGUGCCCAUGCUGCUGCCAUCACGGCCUAUGCCCUGACUCUCACCAAGGCUUCUGAGGACCUGCGGGAUGUUGCCCACCGCAACCUCAUGGCCAUGGCCCAGAAGACCAGGGAUAACCUGUACUGGGGCUCAGUCCCUGGUUCUCAGAGCAAUGCCGUUCCACCCACCCUGGCUCCUCAAGGCCCAGCAGACCCCAUACCCCAAGCCCCAGCCGUGUGGAUUGAAACCACAGCCUACGGCCUGCUUCACCUGCUGCUUCAGGAGGGCAAGUCAGAGAUGGCCGACUAUGCUGCAGCCUGGCUUACCCACCAGGGCAGUUUCCAAGGCGGGUUCCGCAGCACCCAGGACACAGUGAUAGCCUUGGAUGCUCUGUCUGCAUACUGGAUUGCUUCCCACACCCAUGAAGAGAGGGCACUCAACGUGACUCUUAGCUCCAUUGGCCUCAGUGGGUUCAAGUCCCACGAGCUGCAGCUGAACAACCACCAAAUUCAGGGGCUGGAGGAGGAGCUGCAGUUUUCAUUGGGCAGCAAGAUUAACGUGAAGGUGGGAGGCAACAGCAAAGGGACAUUGAAGGUCCUUCGUACCUAUAAUGUCCUGGACCUGAAGAACACGACCUGUGAGGAUCUUCAGAUUCAAGUUACCGUCAUGGGCCAUGUUGAAUACACAAGGGAGGCCAAUGAGGACUACGAGGACUAUGUGUAUGAGGAGCUUCCAGCCAAGGAUGACCCAGAUGCUGGUUCCCAGACCGUGACACCCCUGGAGCUGUUUGAGAGGCGGCGGAAUCGCCGCAGGCGGGAGGCCCCCGGGGUGCCCGACGACCAGGAGUCCAGAGUGCAGUACACCGUGUGCAUCUGGCGGAAUGGCAAGGAGGGGCUGUCGGGCAUGGCCAUUGCCGAUAUCACCCUCCUGAGUGGAUUCAGCGCCCUGCGUGCCGACCUGGAGAAGCUGACCUCCCUCUCUGACCGCUACGUGAGUCAUUUUGAGACCGAGGGUCCCCACGUCCUGCUGUACUUUGACUCGGUCCCCACCUCCCGGGAAUGCGUGGGCUUUGGAGCUGUUCAGGAAGUGCCCGUGGGGCUCGUCCAGCCGGCCAGCGCGGCGGUGUAUGAUUACUACAACCCUGAGCGCAAGUGUUCUGUGUUUUACGGGGCCCCCACUAAGAGCAAACUCUUGUCCACAUUGUGCUCUGCUGAUGUCUGCCAGUGUGCUGAGGGGAAGUGCCCUCGACAGCGUCGUGCCCUGGAGCGGGGGCUGCAGGAUGAGGCUGGCUACAGGAUGAAGUUCGCCUGCUACCACCCCCGAGUGCAUUACGGCUUCCAGGUGAAGGUCCUCCGAGAAGAUAGCAGAGCUGCCUUCCGCCUCUUUGAAACCAGAAUCACCCAAGUCCUGCACUUCACCAAGGACACCAAAGCCACUGUCCGUCAGACCCGAAACUUCCUGGUUCGAGCCUCUUGCCGUCUUCGCUUGGAACCUGGGAAAGAAUAUUUAAUCAUGGGUCUGGAUGGAGUUACCUUUGACCUCAAGGGAGACCCCCAAUACCUGCUGGACUCGAAUACCUGGGUCGAGGAGAUGCCCUCUGAACGCCUGUGCCAGAGCACCCGCCAUCGGGCAGCCUGCACCCAGCUCAGCAACUUCCUCCAGGAGUAUGGCAUUCAGGGCUGCCAGGUGUAAGGGCUGCCCUCCUCUUCCGGGGAUGCCUGGACGGUCUCUGUGCCCACUGGACACGGCCCCAGGCGGUUCCAGGGGUUCAAUAAAGGCCUUUGGCAGCAGAG